CCGAAAGAGGAGUCAAAAAAGAAAGAGGGAAAGGAGGAGGAAAAGGCAGAAGAAAAGCAAAAGAAGGAAGAGGAAAAAGGGAAGAAAAAAGAGAAGGGGAAGAACAAAGGGAAGAAGGAGGUGAAAGGGCCGAGUGAGGAGCAGGUGAAAGCCCCUAUUGCUGCUCCGGAGCCUGAGCUUAAAACCGAGCCGGACGCUGAACAGGCUCCUGAUCAGCACUCAAUAAGCAGCGCAGAGGAGCAGCCGCCUCAAGAGGAACACAAGGAGGAAGCUGUGAUAAAGAAGGAGCCUGAAGCCGUGGAAGUGAAGGAGGAGGACACGGAGAAAAAAGAGGAAGAACCAGCGAAACAGGAGAAAGAAGCCAAAGGAGAGGAAAAGGCGAAGGAGGAGGCGAAGAAGGAGAAACCUGUAAAAGAAAAGAAGACCGAGAAGAAGGCAGAAGAGGCUAAAGGCUCCAAACGUCAGAAAACCAUGCAGUGCAAAGUCAUCUUACUGGACGACACUCAGUUUGAGUGUGAGCUUGAUAAACAUGCUAAAGGCCAAGAACUUUUAACAAAGGUGUGUGACCACGUCAACCUGCUGGAGAAAGAUUACUUUGGCCUCGCUAACUGGGAAACACCGACUAACAAGACAUGGUUGGAAGCCACCAAAGAGAUCCGGAAACAGGUGUCGGGUGCUGUGUAUGAGUUUACAUUCAACGUGAAAUUCUACCCUCCAGAUCCAGCACAGCUUACUGAAGACCUCACCAGGUACUUUCUGUGCCUCCAGCUGAGGAAGGACAUUAUGCGUGGUGUUCUGCCCUGUUCCUUUGUCACACUGUCCCUGCUGGGCUCCUACGCAGCCCAGUCAGAGCUCGGAGAGUAUGACCCAGAGCUCCAUGGAACAGACUACGUUCAUGACCUGAGCCUGGCCCCCGGACAGAGCAAAGAGCUGGAGGAAAAGGUGAUGGAGCUGCACCGCACAUACAGGUCAAUGAGUCCAGCCCAAGCAGACAUGUUGUUUCUGGAAAAUGCCAAGAAACUUGCCAUGUAUGGAGUUGACCUGCACCAUGCCAAGGAUCUUGAUGGUGUCGACAUUACGCUGGGGGUUUGCUCUAGUGGCCUGAUGGUUUACAAGGACAAGCUGAGGAUCAACCGUUUCCCUUGGCCCAAAGUGCUCAAGAUCUCUUACAAACGCAGUAGCUUCUUUAUCAAAAUCAGGGCAUCAGAGCAAGAGCAGUAUGAAAGCACGAUUGGCUUUAAACUGCCCAACUACAAAGCCUCGAAGAAGCUGUGGAAAGUUUGUGUUGAACACCAUACCUUCUUCAGAGUUCCAACAGUAGAGCCCCCGUCAACACGCCGCUUCCUCGCCUUGGGCUCUAAGUUCCGGUACAGCGGGCGCACUCAGGCUCAGACCCGCCAGGCCAGCUCCAUGAUUGACCGCCCAGCCCCUCGCUUCACACGCUCUGCGAGCAAGAGGCUUUCCCGUAACCUAGAUGGAGCUGGAGAUGAAACUCUCCAGUUCCUGCGACAACUAUCGGCAUCAACCAGGUCUGAGGUUGAUGAUUGGUCACUGUUAAAGGCAUCUGAAAAACCGCAGCCUUCUCCUAUAUUCCCAGCCAGAGGGGAGUCCGAGCAGACUUUCGUUCAGUCCUGGGAGGAGGGGCAGUCUGUUCACACAGUCACAGAAACCUGGCAGGACACUGAGACUGGGCAGACUGGCUCUCAAACUAUCAACCAGACAGCCAGUCAGCCGUGGCAGGAGCUGGCAUCUGAUGAGCAACAGCAGAGGAGAAAGGAAGACGAGUGGUCUGCCCUGCUCUAUCGCUAUCCCCCCUUUCCAUUUGUCCCACCAUUUGAUUUUGUGAAACAGCCAGCUAAGAUCAGCUUGGCAAAUAUUAGCUCUAUGGACAGGCUAUUGCGACCAGCACUGACACAGGAAGAUGAUUGGUACCUUUACUUUGACCGAAUCUUCAGCCUUUCCUCGCUCGAGCUUGUUGACAAACCAUUCUCUCCUGUAGCUAAGUACCAGCUCCAGGAGGAAGAUGAGCAGGGCAUGCAUGUGGCAGAGCAGGAACUGACCAAUAAGGAGGUCAUUGAGAGGCUACAGGAAACUGUGACUUUGAUAGACAAACUGACAGAGGUGGAAGUUUUGGAAGAGAGGCUGAGGGAAGUGAGGGAUUUAGAGGAAAGGCUCCAAGAAGUGGAUGAGAUGGCAGAGAGACUUCAGGAAGUAAUAGAAGAGGAAUUAGGUAAGGAAGAGGUAGAUAAGUUAAGAGAGGAAGAGAGAGAUUUACAAAUACAAGCUGAAACUAUAACAGAAACAGUGGUGAGGAAAUCAGUGAGGAGAAUAGGGACAAAUGAGGAUGAAGUGGAUGAACUGGAGGAGCAGAUAAAGCGGGUGUUUUUAAAAGGCUUGUUGCCUGAGGAAGAAGAGGCCGAGGUGAAGCGGGAGAGUGAGAAGGAGGUGACAGAUGAGAGUCUAUCAUAUGAUAGCUUAAUAGAGAAUGUACGCCAGAUAGAAAUGGAACAGCAAGACGAAGUGAAGGAUACAUCUGGCUCUUCAGAUGUCACCGGUACCACGACUAUAGUAGCAUACCGGAAGGUGGAGCGUAGGUCUAAGAAGAGAGUGACUAUUGUAGAAGACAGAGGGCAGUGGCAGGAAGAAAUGGAAGAAGUACAGGCUGGUGUCAUGUCAGAGGAGAGGCUAGAAAAAGAGGAGACAUGGCGUAAAACAGAAAUAGUGGAGGAGAUAACUGAGAGAAAAGACACAGAGAGGCUUCAGCCUGAGGAUCCAUCUCAGGUGGCAGAUCAGGACAUCUGGUUCAUACUUUUCGACCGCCCUCCAUACAAAGCUAUUUUCAAACCACCAGUUACCACUGUGGAACGCGCUCAGGUGGAUGGAGGCGAGUAUUUCAGCUCAACAACUGAGAUUACAACAGUUGAGGAGAAAACAGAGAUUAUAGUAGAAGAGAGACAAACAAGAGAAGAGGAAGUUUGGCAUAUACCAGAGAUCCCACCACCACAGACCAUCACAGAAAGAGAUGAUGACUGGUUUGUGCUGCUGGAUGUUAUUCCCAGAGAAACACCUUAUGUGCCACCAGGUACUCCGAUGGAUACAGAAAGUUUCUCUGUGGUCGGAACUGCAGUCGGUCCAGUUUCUCUGGCGUUACCGAGACAAAUGUAUGAAAGUGUUCAACCACAAAUUGAAGUGAUAAGCAUAGAGCGGAAGCUGCAGCAGGCUGAUCUUGACCAGAUUAGACUGCAGCCUUCCCAGCCACUACCAGAGAGAGAUGAUGACUGGUUUGUGCUGUUUGAUGCUAUUCGUGAAGAGGCAGUCAUACCACCAUCAGUUACUCCUGUUAAGAUUAUUCCGGAUAUGAGGAAGUCAUUUGAGGUUGAAGUGAAAACCACAGUGAUUACAACAUGGAAGCAGACGAUAAUUGGUGUGGACAGCAGGCAAGAUGAGACACGUCUGCCUGAAAUUAGACCUAGCCAAAUCGCCCCACCGUCAGAAAGAGAAAGAGGAGAUGAUUGGUUCACCCUGUUCGACGUCAUCCGUAAAAAGCCUGUCGUCGUGCCACCAGUUGCUGUGGCUGAGCGUAUUGUGCAUGUGGUGGCAGCCACCGAACCAAAACCAAAAUUCAUCAUGGAAGAUGUGAGGCCACCUGUGAAGUUGGUGGAGAUUAAACCACCACAGCCGAGACAGGUGGAUGAUGACUGGUUUGUGCUGCUGGAUGUUGCAGCAAAAGCACCAGUGGCUGUGGACGAACCUAUCCGCAUGCGUCCUGAAGUCCGACCAGCUAAAAAGUUUGCAGCCAUAGAACAUAGAGAACAGCAGAGAAUCACUAUAGUGAAGGAGACGUGGCAGCAGGAGAAGGUGGUACAGCAGAAAACACAUCCAGCAGUGAGAGAGGUGGAGGAUGAUUGGUUUAUUCUCCUGGAUGUGGCCUCUAAGAAAUCAGUCGCUGUCCCUGAGCGCAUCCAGUUCCCGGCAGUGGUGAGAGGGCCACCUGCAGUGGCCAAAACAAGGAUUUCCAUUUCCGAGACAAGACCGCAGUUUGGGAAACGGAUCCUAGAGGAAAGACGUCCGCUCGCACAUACUCAUGUCAAUGAUGAUUGGUUUGUUCUACUAGAUGUUGGCCUCAAAGAGUCAGUGGUGAGCACACAGAGGGGCACCCGGCCUGUCAGUGCUCCGGUCUUCUCCCAGGCUGCUCUGGCAGAGGCAGGGAUCCCCAUGGCCCCUUUCGAUCAGCCCCAGACCUCCACUCCAAUCAAGACUGGCCGCAAGGAGGAAAGAAGGCUGCAGGUCACAGUAGAAACUGUGGAGCCCUCAAAAAUCGAGGCUGUGGCUGAGGUCAAGCCAGCAGUGUGGAGGGACCAGAGAGAAGUACACUCUUCACUGAUAUCCACCAUCAAUGGGGACAUUCAGCACGAGUCUGAGGCGAUGAGCACGGAGGUGGUGCGAAUGCGAAAGAAAAGAGCUAAGAAAAUUGAGGGUGACUCAAUUUAUAUCAGACAUAGCCUUUUAAUGUUGGAGGAGUUCGAUAAGCCUCAGGAGGACCUGCUCAAGCAUCAUGCCAGCAUCAGUGAGCUGAAGAGGAACUUCAUGGAAUCCGUCCCGGAGCAGAAGCCCAGUGAAUGGGAUAAGCGCCUGUCCACGCACUCUCCGUUCCGCACCCUGGGUAUCAAUGGUCAGCCUCUGCCCAGUGCAGAUGGGCCCCCUCUGGUGCAGACCCAGACAGUCACCAUCACAGCUGUUUCCAACUCCCUACCCAGUGGCAUCUCCACCACAGAGGUCCCCGUCGUCCCGACCAAGUCCUUCAUCUAUGAGUCUUCAAAGGAGACAGACGAUGGGACAGACAGCAAAGAUAGCACAACAGUGUCCAGCUCCAAAACCGUUACCUCGGAGAAAACCAGUGGCACCACAGUCACUACCACUCACAUCUCAAAGGUAGUGAAAAGUGGAUCUACAGAGACUCGCGUGGAGAAGAGAAUCGUCAUAACUGCAGACUCUGACAUUGACCAAGAUAAGGGGAAAGAUGGCGGAGCAUCAGCAUUGUAACUGAAUCAUCACCUGCAUUUAUUCCUUUGACUCUCCAGCUUUCAUCCCUUCAUCAGAGUGCAGCACUCAGUGACCAGCUCUAUCUGCGCACACAUAUCCAGAAAGAUAUAUCUCAUAAAUCUGCACCUAAAAUUAUGGAUAACUCAGUUAGAUGAAUCGUAGGAGAUCCUCUUUGUUUUCUUUCCUUUUUUUUUUUCAGUUGAGCUGUUCAUUGUAGGUAGAGGAGGGCUGCACAGUGCUCACGUUUGAACAGAUGCUUACAGUAUCUCAACCCGGGUGUUUAAAAAAACUUAGUGAAUACAAUUUUAUUGGUUUAAAAAAACAGCAGUUUCAGUUGCGUGAUCUCAGUUAUGUUUGCUUUUAAAUGCUUUUUUUUCUCCUAGUGGUUUUUACAUUGUUGAUUUUCUACAAAUGCACUGUUUCCAUCCUAGUUUAGACACCAUUAUCAGCAUUUAUUCCUUAGGUGCUGCUAGGGGAACGUUAAGACUACAUUCAAGGGAACUGUUUUUGUUGUUGUUUACUUGUCUAUUUAAUUCAGGAGCAACUUUAUUUUAUAAAAUUACAUGAAAUGACAUACCUCGCAUAGAUAUGUGAUAUUACGUGCUCAAAUUUGGACAGUUGUGUGGCUUUGUUCACUGCUCAGGUACAAAAACAUAAAAAAACAUCAAAUCUUUUCUUCCCUAACCAGCUAAGAACCAGUAGCCUACACAUAAUUGUAAAGUUUGAAUUAAAAAUUGAUCUAUUUUUAAAUAUUUCUCUAUUUUAUAGAAUUGCUUUUAUAGUAUUUGUACAAAUUCGGGGUUUUUAAGUUAUUCAUAUCCAUCUGCUCAUGAAAUUGUAGGUUGCCAUUGUGCUGUUUACGGAGUUAUGAGGUCUCUAUUUAAGACCUGCUUACCUGUCUUGCCUGACACCCUGAAUCAUUCUUAUUCGUUUCCUCUUGUAGUCCACCAAGUUUAUCAAACCUUUCACAACUUACAUAUGAGAAUGGAGUGCUUCCCUCAGCCCUAUGUUUUUGUUCAGUAGCAUAGAAGGUCAUAAUUGCUUUGAAUAUAUUUGGUUGAUAAGAGAAGUUUUACAAGCUUUGGUCUGUUUAUCUCAGGUUUUGAUAUUCUUUGUAAGACUACAGACCUCCAUAUGAUUGUAUGAGUAAUGUCCAUAUAUGUAUAUCCAUCCCUACUUUAAGAAGACUUACUUUAAAUGUACAUUUAUGUUCAGCCAAGUGAGGUCAGUAAAUACAAAGUUUGUCUGUCACAGUAACCACACGUUUUAAGAGGUGAAGGCAGCUGUCCCAGUAUAUGUGGCUUUUCUCUCAUAGGAGCACAAGUUGUCUUUUUUUACAUGUUCUACUAUACAGUAAUUUAUUUGUAAAGUAGGAACUGUUUCGUGUGAUUUGAUGUACUGUGAUGUUUCAACACAAGCUGGUUUCCAGGCUUCCACUAGAGAUGUCACAAUGUUAAAUAUUGCAUUCGUUAUCAACCAAGUUUGUAAAGCCUUUUUACCACAUAGUCUACGUAGAUUGCUCUCUGUAAUUUUUCAUAGAAGAGAAAUUGCUUAAAAAUAUACGAAUCCCUUUUAGAUAGCAUGUUUGUUAGCAAGCUUUUUUUAACCCAAAAAGAAGCCAUUGGUAUUGUAGCUACAUGGAAAACAACAGAAACCUCUCCUGGAAGAAAACGUAGAAUUUCACAUGAAGAAAUUAGUUUUUAGACAAUGGAAAAUAUUGUUGCUUUGUGACUUAUCCCUGUCUUUUUAUGAAAAAAUAAAACCUGCAUUAU